GUAGUUAUUACACAAAAGCAUUCAUUUUAACACAACAAUAAUGUCUGGAAAUCACUUCUAAUGUAACAAUGUACCCAUGGCAUUGGAUAUUGAAAGCGUCAGCGAUUUGAAGUUGAUAUCACGUUCGGUUUAGUGAAAGUAUGGAAAACUUAUUAUUAGUACGUAGUAUGUUUUCUAGGACACUUUUUCUUUCUAUUUAAGUUUUAUUCAGCCUUAUUUGUACUCAGUAUUUCUUGAUGAGCAAUCAGAAGUGUUACAGAAGUUAGUUUUUACCAAAUCUCAUUGGUUGACAACUUCGAACUUCUUUGUCUUAGACGGCAGUUCCAAAUUGUGUUCUGACGUUAGGAACAGAUUCCGGGAUUCAUAUUAUUUGAGAAUGUUCAAUCUGCCUGUUAAAAACCGACUGGCCUUUUCUCCUGACUGAAUUACCCAAUUUUGGUGAAGCCGCUAUAGAAAAUUUGGGAAAGUGGCACCAAAACCCCCAAAUUUCCCUUAAAUCUUGGGGGGUCUCUCAAAAUUUCCGCUUUUGCCCUUAACUGAAUCUGAAGCAUUGGGCUUAUCAUGCAUUUAGAACAUAACUUGUUUCAAUCCUACUAUUAACGACAAAUGGACUUUUGUUGUUUACCUGUUGGAGUUAAUCAUUUUUCGUUUGAUGAACGGUGUAACCUUAUUUGUAGAAUAAUGAAACUGUUUAUAUAUUUUACUGGUCAAUUUCCAGAUUUAUCACUCUUAAAUUCUCUUCAAAAUGAAUCAGACAUUGAAUUAAAAUUGGAUAAUUUGCACUCAAAGGAAGUAAAACUUUUACGGUCAAUUCAUGAGGUUGAAUCUAAUUUGCUAUCAUCGAAAUCAGAAUCUAUUCUUUAUUUCCUGAUUAUGAUUGGUGGUCUACCAAGUAAUCCAAAACGAGCAUUUCUCAUAGAUAUCAAUGAUUUCUAUCCUAAAAUUACAAAUGCCGAUAAAACAGAUGUUUCUUUCAGAGAAUUUUUCGAAUCUCUUGUACAGGUUCCGUUUUUUGAUAAUGUUUUUAAGUGUUCUACUCCUACACGUACUUACAUAUAUAUAUGUACAUCAAAAGAUUUUUCAUCUUCAUGGUUUCUACCUCGAUUACAAUUUCGUUUACCUCGGACUUGUCCUGUUCAUGUAUUGAAAAUUGUUCCUGAUUCUAUAGAUUCUUAUAAUCCUAAAGAAUUACAUAAAGUUUUGUAUGAAUCACCAUCUGAACUACGAUGGUAUGCUUCUCCGACAGUUUUUUCCGGAGUUAAACCAAAAUAAGCUUUUCUAUAAUCAUUGUUAACUGCAUAGUGGUGUACGAAAUACUUUAAUUUCCUAACCAUUUGUAUAUAAUGUAUAUUCGAGUCAACUGAAGUAUUUGUGUGAUCAAGACUACUUUGUAAUAAAACAUUCUAAUUUCAUUCUCACAAUUAUUUUCAUAUACGUUUACAUAUAGAAAAAUAAAUAAAUGUAUGAUAAUUUACAAUCAA